AUGAGCUACUGGCCAGGCGGCAAGUUUUAUGGGAUACCGGAUCUGGGCCCUGUAGAGGUAGAAGAAGGCUACUACGACUUCGACGAUUAUGGCCGGCUUGAAACAAGAAGCGGCCCCGUUCUACUGGCGGAUCGUAUUAAUCCAUUCUCAGAGCGCAGUCAUAACCAACGCGCUCCUUCCGCAUUUCGCACAUCUACCCCACCUCCAAGACGACCUGAGCCAGCACGUGUGCAACGCGUUGCGUCCGACAACAUUGACAGAUCGUUGCUAGACAAUUGGCAAACGAGCUUAUCGACAAUCGAGAACCUCUUCGCUGAAGUGCUCGAGAAUCGUAAUAGGGGGGAUGCUCCAACGUAUAGGAGGAAACGAGAUCAGAUGGAAAGCCUGUUGGAUAGCUUGAAGCGGGCGAUCCGUAACAGGACACCGCUAGCAUGA